ACCACAAUUUUGCUGCCGAAAAUUUGCAAAAAUCGCCGAAACAAAAGCAAUGCAAAAAUGUCAAAGUUGAUACGGAAUAUUCUUCAAGUCUUCAUAAACUUAUUGCACACGAAACUUACCUUAAUUAUCGCAUUUUCAUGCGGUUUACUCGUCAGUCAUUUGACUUCUCGCUACAAUUCCGGGUGUGUCGAAAAUCAAAAACUGCACGACAAUUCUUACUUUGUCGUUGUUUUAGUUUUAUCCGCUCCAAACAAUUUAGAAAGACGAAAUGCGAUACGUGAAACAUGGCUUAAUUUGCGCCCUCGAAUCAUCAAUAAUUCCUUUUACAAUAACGAAGUGAUUUUACUUCCUCGAAAAGACACUGAUGGAAAAAUUGAACCGGAGAGUGUUGAGACUCAACGAUUGUUGUUGCAAAAGUACAAACAAUGGUUGCAAAUGGAAACGAAAAACAUCAAAGUUGGAGAUUACAAAGUGCGACACUAUUUUGCCAUUGGAACAAAAAAUUUGGAUGCGACAACACGAAAAGCUGUAAAAGACGAACAAGCGGUAUUCAAUGAUUUACUUUUGUUGCCGGAUCUCGUUGAUUCUUAUGAAAACUUGACAAAUAAAUUGUUACAAAGUUUUGUUCAAGUAGAAACGCAACUCGAUUACAAUUACCUCUUGAAAUGUGACGAUGAUACAUAUGUUAAGCUUGAUAUCUUGUCUCAAGAUCUCCUCGAUUAUCAUCAAGCUGUUGAAAAGAGAGUUUAUCCUCAUGGAGUUGAUAAUAAAGAUGCAUCUCACAACCAAUGGGGACUUUAUUGGGGAUAUUUCAAUGGAAGAGCUCAAAUAAAAACAGCUGGAAAAUGGAAAGAAACUUCUUUUAACUUGUGUGAUCGAUAUUUACCUUAUGCAUUAGGCGGAGGAUAUGUAAUUUCCCGAAAUUUGGUUUCAUACCUUGCUAAACAUCAUGACACUUUGAACACUUACUUGAGUGAAGAUAUCACAGUUGGAACAUGGCUUGCGCCCUUUAAACAUAUCCACAGAAGACAUGAUGUUCGUUUUGACACGGGAUACAAGCCUCGAAUUUGUCGUAAUUAUCAUCUCGUGUUACACAAAAGAGAUCCAAAUGACAUGAAACAAAUUUACAAAAACGAUUAUUGCGCGAAUGAAGAUACGACGUCACUACCAAAAGAAUAUUUCUAUGAUUGGACCGCUGCUCCAUCGAAAUGCUGUGAUACUAAAGCAUAAUUACAUCUUAAUUGUCCAUUUUUUAGCUCGAAAU